AGUCACAAAAUUGACGUUUCCGAUGAAGGUAACAGAAUUUCGCGGUUAGAAGUACAACUUGAUUGUAUUUGAUAGUGAUUAUCUAGCUAACGCGCUGAUUUGUUUUUCACAAAUGCAUUCAAACCAAAAAAUAUCGUUGAAAGAUUUUUGAUGAUAGUUGUAGUUGUAGGUUUGAUGGUUUUAAAAAAGGCAUUUUUAUGAGCUUACACUAAAUAGCAUUCACUGGUCUUGUCAGCUCAAUUUUGGAAUUGUUUUUCUUGUAGUCUAAGGACAACCACUUCUAGGAUGGAAGAGAUUAGUUUAUAUAUACUCACUUGGAAUGUGUCAGUCAAUGAUCCACCCGAUGAAGAAACCCUGAAAUGUUCGUUAGGGUUGGACUCGUUCGAACUUCCUGAUCUCUUCAUUAUAGGUUUGCAAGAGGUGAGCUCCAAUCCUGUGGACAUGGUUGCUAAUACCAUUCAUGAAGAUCCUUGGACACAAGCCUAUAUGGAUCUUCUGAUGAAAUAUGGUUUCGUAAAAGUGAGAACGAAAAAGCUGGUUGGAAUUUCGCUAAAUGUAUUCUCUUUGAGGAAACACGUGCCAAAACUUCGACACAUCAAGGAAGAUCAUUUUAAAACUGGGGUCGGUGGGUAUUGGGGAAACAAAGGUGCAGUCGGAAUUAAAAUGGAAAUUGGAGGAUACUCGUUUGUGUUUCUAAACGCUCAUCAGGCCGCCCAUGAGGGCACCUACUAUUUUGAGAAACGAUUAUCCGAGUACAAAUCGAUUACUGAACGAUUGGAUUAUUUAUUAGAUAAGAGUGCUAAAAGUGUGACGUUCUGGUUCGGAGACCUGAACUAUCGGUUCAUCGUGGAGCAUACAAACGAAAAGGCCCUCUCGGAGGCGGGGCGUGACUCGGCUGUGAGCAACGGAGUGGACAGUGUGGCGCUCAGUCAGAAGGAUCGGUUCAAAAUGGUGGUCAACCACAUAGCUAAACGAAACUUUGCGGGGUUGCUGCAAAUCGACGAGCUGCACAAAGCCUAUGCCAGCGGCAAGGCCUACGAAGGUUUCAUCGAGAAGCAACCAAAUUUCGCGCCCACUUUCAAGUAUGCGAAGAACUGUGAUGUUUACGACGAAAAACGAAUUCCGGCUUGGACUGAUCGAAUAUUGUACAAAACGCAAGGAAUUCCGUACUGUGACCCGGAAGCCAUGAGCAACAAAACUAGUCAAUGUAUUUGCCAGACGGAGUACGAUAGCAUCACAAGUAUAGCUUUAGGAGAUCACCGACCUGUUUUCAGUCGGUUCAAUGUUAGGCUCAAAGACACAUCGAAUUGUGAAUUGAGCGUAGCGUUUGAUGAGAUAGAAGAUUGGACGUUAGGCAUUUCUAAUACUGUUACCUGCUCAAUGAUCACUAAUGGAAGUGAUCACAACCUGAGAAUCUUGGGCAACGACUGGAUAGGCAUUUUCAAGGAAGACGUGUUCUCAUGUCUGAACAACUACGUGACGUACGCGUACGUGAACGACUCUAUAGUGGAGGAGCGGAUCGUGGAACGCGGUAAGAAGCGGAUCGAUCUGAAGUUCCUGGACUCGCUGAUCUGUUCGCCCGGUCGUUACAUCAUGAUCUACUUCCGCAGCAGCAUCGUCCUGCACGACAACUUCCGGAUAGAACGCGUUAAGGAUGUUCUGGGAGUCAGCGAUCCGUUUGUGGUCAGGAACUCCCGCGAUCAGAUGCAGGGCGGCUGUACGUUUUAUGUAUUGGGGCUGAGUCGAAUUCCGAACUAGAGGCUGCGUGACUUGAUGAUGAGAGUAUUUUAGAUUCGAUCCUGGAGGCUUCCAGGGCGGUAGCUUUGGUGAAAGAUGUAUCCGUUGAUUGUAGAAGCUGCUCUUGAAUCCAGUCAUCUUUCAGGCCUCUGAUAAAUUCUGCACGGAGGAAUGUAUCUGCGAUUGAUAGAGAUUCAUUACAGGUACAUAGCACGUUAAAGUCAAAGUCGACAAUAUCCCGUUGAAGAGACGCAACAUACUCAGGUAUAUUUUGAUAUUCCUUUCACUAAAGCUGGGGUUUUGUUUGUGCGUAAAUGCCGUCGUCGACCACGACAGGGUGAGGAUCUCAGUUUGGGUGGAUUUUUAUUUGUCUAGAUAACCUAAAAGAUUAUGUUCAUUUAUGUUUUAAUGUGGGAGGUUGAGUUUAUACAUUUUUAUUCUUUCAAACGGCAAUAAGAUGAUAUUAUUAUAAAUGUUUUCAUUAUUGAAUAAUAAACACAAAUUAUGAAAAGUUUUUUGAUCAGCUAUUUAGCACACUUAAAAUUUGGACAGUCUGAAUGUCAACAAUGCUUGUCGUCGUCGACUGCGGGAGUUUACGCACAAACGAAAAUGCACCUUUAGUGUUGAGGAAGUAGUGUUGUGAAACUAUCGUGCUUUUUUCAGAUACGAGCAUUUGUGUGAAUGCUUUGAUCAGAUCUUGGUAAGCUAGACUGUUUAUUGGUUUUUAUGAACCUAGUAUUGCUGACAAAUUGUUGUAGUGAACACAACCAAUAGAUCAACGUCAUCUGUUAUACGGGUCUUUCUAAAUGAUGGACCCAUUUUCAAAAAAUGGUAUUUAUUAAAGUAAAAAUGCAAAAUGGAUAACCUUUAAACCUAUCGAAAGAGAAAGUUUCAAAGUUUUUUUUAAUACCUUACAAGUGUUGAAUGUGGCCUCCGGCUGCUGCACGGCAAACAUCUACGCGGUAGCCAAACUCGUCCCACACGCGAGAAAGCGAGGGUCUUUCUAAAUGAUGGACCCAUUUUCAAAAAUUGGUAUUUAUUAAAGUAAAAAUGCAAAAUGGACAACCUUUAUACCAAUCGAAAGAGAAUGUUUCAAAGUUUUUUUUAAUACCUAACAAGUGUUCAAUAUGGUCUCCGGCUGCUGCACGAUCUGCGGAACCGUAUCACUGCUGCCGUGCACUCAAUAACACCAGAUACGCUUUCUCGCGUGUGGGACGAGUUUGGCUACCGCGUAGAUGUUUGCCGUGCAGCAGCCGGAGGCCACAUUCAACACUUGUAAGAUAUAACAAAAAAAUUUGAAUUUUUCUCGUUCCAUUGGUAUAAAGGUUGUCCAUUUUGCAUUUUUACUUUAAUAAAUACCAAUUUUUGAAAAUGGGUCCAUCAUUUAGAAAGACUCAGUAUUUUCCAUUGAAAAUAGUUCUAAAUAAUUUAUAAACUUUUCGUUGUCUGAAUUGAAGUUCUCAAAAGGAUUAAGACUAGACUUUCCUGAUUUGGUUGAGGCUGUAUAUUCUAGAUGCGUGUUGUGAGAGUUGACAGAAACUGGCUGAGUUGAGCUUGAUCCAUGGUUGAAGGCCUUGAAUUUGGUAGGGGUCACUUGAAGAAAACUUUCACUGCAUUGAAGAAUUGUCUUUGAAAAAAGAGUAAUAUCCAUAAAAAGUCUUUGAAUCAACUUUUACCUCGUCUUAGAUUCUUAGAUUGGCAUUGGUAAUGUUGAGUGUCUCAAUUUGUAUUGUACUUAUAACUUCUAUAUGUAAGGGUAUCUUGGUAUUAGAUCUUUUAUGAUAAUAUGAAUCUCUGUUAUGUGUUUUUGAUUAUUAUUGUUGGUUGUUAUUUUUAUUUUUAUAAAUACUUGUUACAAAAUGUUUAGUUUAGUAGAUUGUAUACAUAUCAGUUGUUUAUUUUUUAUGUGUAAAGGUCAACUGAUGAUUUGUAUUUAUUCUAGGAGAAUCUAGAGGUUGAUAUUCUAGAGUUAGACAGUUAAGGAUGUUGGAAUUCUCCAUUUCUAUGAUUCGUUAUUACUGCAUGCAUCUAUACUUGUGUACUAUGGACCUGGGUUUGCAUAUCUAUUUCUAACCUACCUCACGUCAGAAUGAUAACUUUUUACAACCACAGGUCUGUAGACUUAUAAUAUACAAAUUUGUGCUGUCCUACAUAUAACAAUAUGUCCAGUUUUGUGUUGUCCUAGCUUCUUAGUUGCUACAAGCUUUCUCCACAUAUGUCACACCUUAUAUAUAAUAGUUAGAAAACAUGACAAUAAAUAGUAAAACUUAUUCACAAAAUUGAGAAUAAUUUAAAACUA